GUAAUCCAAUAUUCGUGCGUGCACGAUAAUACUGAUAACAGAAUUCUGUCAUACAAAAGCUAGAUAAAUUUAAAAUACACAAUAGUAUUAGUAUUACACUGUACGAAAAAAUGUACAAUAUAGGUUAUGUCUUCCUAAUAUAAGUAUCUUGUUUAAACAGCAAACAAAUUCUAUGAACACGUAUUAUAUAAUUAAUACUUAAUUCAUUCAUGAACAAAUUGUUAAUAAAACAAGAACAAAAUGGGCCUGAAAAUCAAUAAAGAUUUACUGCCAGUGAAAGGACAGUAUUUCCUAUUCAAUGCAGGUACUGCUCCUGUUGUGCCUUUCUUGCCGACUUAUGCAAAACAAUUAGGUUUUUCCAGUGUUGUUGUCGGGACAAUAUAUACUGUGCUACCUAUUACGGGUAUGCUAGCCAAACCACUUUUUGGAGUUAUUGCUGAUAGAUUUAACUUGAAAAAGGCAAUGUUCAUCCUUUUCCAAAUACUAACAGCAGUUUCAUUCUUAAGUAUUCUGUAUGUGCCAGAAUCAGAGCAACAAGUGGCAAUGAGUUUCGACUGUGGGGACGGCACCUCAUUUUUAAAGCAUUGCCCACAAGCCACGGGCACAAAUUGUGCUGUUGAUCAAACAAACAUAACAAUUCUAGAUGGCACUAUGUCUUGUGAGGUAAAUUGUGAAAUGAAUAGUGACUUAUGGGAUACCGUGUGUCUUCAUUGGAAUGCUAGUGAGCUGUGUAGUAAACAUAUUUUAGAAAAUUUGAUAUUUAAAACAAAUAUUCAACUAAAUUACACAUUGAAAGACAAAGAAUGUGUGAACUUCAGAGUUAAAAAAGUCAUUAUGGAAGAUGAAAAAGAACAUGUAGCUUUCUGCCCUAAGGAUAAUCAUACACAUUUAUUCCACCCUAUGUGUAAAGUCAAAUGCAAUUCGACAAUUAUAGAUAAUUUUGUAAGCGAAGACGUCAUAGAUAAUCCACAUAUAAUGAAAUCAUAUCAGUUUUGGUUGUUCUUUUCUUUGCUGAUUUCGAGUUGGGUUGGAAUGGCUGUGGUUGUCAGUGUUGGCGAUGCUAUAUGUUUUGGAAUUCUAGGUGAUGAGCCUCAGAAGUAUGGCAAUCAAAGAUUAUGGGGUGCAGUUGGCUGGGGAGUAUUUUCUGUGAUAUCUGGACUCAUUGUUGAUGAAAUGAGUUCCGGACAGGCAAAGAAAGACUAUUCUGCAGUUUUUUAUUUAGCUUUUUUUGUGCUCCUUAUUUGCUCAAUCGUUUCCAAUCAAUUAAAGUAUACUCAAAGCACAACGUCGGUGAGUAUUUUGCGAGACACUGGAAUGCUAUUAAAAUCACCACGUAUUGCCGUGUUUGCUUUAUGGUGUAUUAGUGUUGGGCUAGGAACUGCAAUAAUAUGGAAUUUUCUAUUUUGGCAUUUAGAAGAUUUGGCAGCCAAUUUAGAAGGUUGCAAUACAGCUUCAUGGAUGAAAACAUUGCAAGGUCUUUUAUUAGGAGUGCAAUGUUUUGGGGGAGAAAUACCAUUCUUUUUCUUAUCAGGAUGGAUUAUCAAGAACAUAUCACAUGUACAUGCUAUGUCAUUGGUUUUGUUUGCAUUAAGUGCCCGUUUUAUUUUAUAUUCAUUUCUUGUAAACCCGUGGUGGGUUUUACCAAUAGAACUAUUACAAGGGCUUACUUUUGGACUAUUUUAUUCAACAAUGGCAUCAUAUGCAUCUGUAGUUGCUCCACCUGGAGCUGAAGCUACUGUUCAGGGUCUAGUUGGAGCUAUUUUUGAAGGUAUUGGAGUAUCGUUAGGAAGCUUUUUGGGAGGAUUUCUAAUGAAGGCCGUAGGCGGAAAAUCCACAUUCCUCUAUUUUGGAAUUGGUGCAUUUGUUUUAUGCUUGCUACAUAUAGCUGUGCAGUUUGUUAUUAAAAGAAGAACAAGUGAUGACAUGUCAGGAAACGCUAGAUACAGUACACCAUAUGAUGCAAUACACAUGCUAGGCAGCCAGGAAAACAUUCACAGCUGAAAUUGCAAAUUUACAUUUUCACAAGAUUUAACAAUUGAACAUUCAUCAUGUUAAAAACACUGUUUAUCAAGCCAAUAUUACCUCGCCAACACAGAUCAAAAACUUUAUAUACAUAUAAGAUUACAUAUAUAUAUAUAUUUAGGUGAAUGUUAAAGUAUAUGUAGGAACAUUCCUAGCUAAUGACGAACAACAUAUAAGAACAAAGUUCAAAAAUGAAUUUAAAUCAGUUUCAUUAAUAAGAUAUAGUUUUAUACA